UUGAGAUCAACGUUUUGCGUUACAAUGAAGAUGUGAUGGCUAGCUGCAAUAGUUGUCCUCGCUUCAUUGUUUUGUUCAAAUGAAACUAGAAGUUGUGUUCCAUGUUUACUUUUAGUAACGGAUACUUCGGGCAAUAGGAGCGAACUGACGAAAUUCGUGAUUGCGGAAAGCUCGCUCUAAAGAUUCGUCAACAAUGAACGAAGCAAGAAAGCUAACGGAAAAACUUUAGACAGCGGCCGGGCCGGGGACAUUUGACCAUGGAGAGCCCAAUAUUUUCUAAGUACUCAUGGCUUGAUUUUUUCUUCUCGGUAGUCGGUGUGUGUACUUACUUGUUUGACGUGGGAUCCGAUAUUUGGGUUGGUACGGAGUUCUACUCGCGUGGAGAUUUCUUCUGGUUCGGUGUGUUGGUCGGCCUCAUGGUUCUGUCUUCGGUUGUGGUCCAGAUGUUUAGCUGGUUCUGGUUCAAAUACGACCGCGAGCUGGAGGGAUUCGAUUCGCAAGUUGACAAAAAUGUCCUCUUUGGAGUCUGCGUCAAACUUUCAUUCAUACUCCAUGUACUUCAGCUGGGAUUCUUUUGCAGGCACGUGUCGGCGAUAUGGCAGGGCUUCCGCGUGUGGUGGCGGCGGGAGGAGGGCUCGGAGUACGCCGUGUACCUGACGCACGACCUGAGCAUGCUGCGCCUCAUCGAGACGUUCUGCGAGAGCGCUCCACAGCUCACGCUCAUGACCCACAUCAUGCUGCACACCGACAGGGCCAGGGCGGUGCAGUAUGUGAGUGUCAUGGCGUCCAUCACUUCCAUUGCCUGGAUGGUGGUCGACUAUCACCGGUCGCUGCGUUCGUUCCUGCCGGACAAGGCUAAGCAGGGCUGGUGUUCCGCAUUUGUCUACUUCCUGUGGAACCUGCUGCUCAUCGCCCCACGCGUGGCCGCCGUCGCCCUCUUCUCCACAGUCCUGCCCUCGUUGGUCGCCGCCCACUUCCUGCUAAUCUGGCCGGUGCUGGUGUUCUGGGCUUGGCGGCAGCAGACCGACUUCAUGGACAGCGUCGGUGGGGAGUGGCUGUAUCGGGCCACCGUGGGUCUCAUCUGGUACUUCAGCUGGUUCAACGUCGCGGAGGGCGGGACCAGGUGGAGGAGCAUCAUUUACCACGCCUUCAUGGCCACGGACGGAGGGAUCCUAUUGGUCACGUGGUGGUGCUACCGAGACCCGGUCGCGACACAGGCCUACGCCCCGGUCCUGCUGGCCACUCUUUCCCUGACCUACCUGAUGGGCCUCCUUCUGAAAACCCUUUACUAUUGCUGCUUCCACCCAACGCUUUGGAGGCCUCGGGUCCGGGCGGACGGGUUGGGAGCCGAGCUGACCGAUGGUCAGGGGAUGUUGUUCAGAACCUUCACCCCCCCCGCCAGUGUAACCCCCCAAGUGUGGAACAAGAGAAUGGCGAGCCAUGCCACAUGCUUCUACUACAACGCGGAGGUUCUCUGAGGCGACCGGGGCGCGAGGCUGAGACCGACCUGGCUGGAUGUGAUUCCACAUGGCUGUCGUUCACGCGCAGUCGUGGAACGUCGGGGCCCUCUUUCGCUGGACCGUUUUUCGUAUUUAUAUCGAUGACUCUGCCCAACUGAUUGUGGAACCGACCGGAUGUAAUGUAGUAAUAGAAUGCCGCCUGAUAAGGUGACAUCGAUCAAUGGUCUGAAGUUGUUAGGAAUUAGCUGCUCCUGUUUAUUGACACCUGUCAGACAUCCAACCUCACAUAUUUAUGUAGCCAAUGCUGUCAGUGCGAGUUUAUGUGUUUAGAAAAAUAUGUUAAUGUACCUGAAUUGUGUGUGCGAGCGUGCGUGCGUGUGUGGUUACACACGUCUGAGUAAGUUAUUUUGUCACUAGUUAUUUUGGCGUCUGAAGGAUAAAGCAUCCAUUUUUAUAUAUACAUUUUAACAUAUGGUGAGAGGUUAGUCCAUAAUUACGUCAUAAUUAUUUUGUCACUGGUUAUUUUGGCGUCUGAAGGAUGAAGCAGACGUUAAAGUGCCGGUGUUGUUUACAUUCGCUGAUGCUUCCUCGGUUUGAGCCCCCAUGAUGCAGUGCAUAUUGGCCAACAUCGCUCAGGGUAAUGGCCGAUGUGGUCUCUGAGGGGUUCCUCCAAUCAUCGUGUUUUACGGACUCAUUCAGACUGGUUGGUAGUCGAGGGAGCGGGACCUCUCACUUUGAUUCUGUUGACUUUCUGACUGGACAAUCAGUGUGAAAAGAAGCUAAAUGUCUCCACUCAAUGCAUCUCAAAGUUAAAAUGUUAAUUUUCAACACAAACCUGUUGGCUAAUUUUCCACAAGCCCGUUGGGGAAAUGCUGCAAUGAGACAAAGGUCCUCAUUUGAAUCUGGAAGGGUUUAUUAUUCUUAUUAUUAUUUUUUUUACAGUUCUCUGGAUAAAAAGUGCUACUUGAAUGUUAAUCAUUGUUAGGUACUGCAGAAUGCACAGAGAAAUUUCCUGUUUUAACUGUCAGCUUUUAUGCACAUUGCCUCACAGUGUGAUGUGUGAACGCCCAAAACAUCAACACUCAAACUCUUACCUCAUCAUUUAAAGUUCAAGUAAUGCAGGGUUAUUAAAAAUGU